AUGUGUCACAAAAAUAGCAUGGGUGUAUAUCUAAAGUUAAUUAAUUUGUGAAAUAUACUAAAUCAAAUGUAACGGGGUAUUCAUUGUAUUCAUUGUCCUAUCAGAACAAGGAAUCAAUGAACUUAAUUAGAACAAGGAAUCAAUGAACUUAAAGUCUAGUAAUUCCUAAACCGGACAGGAUUCAGUUGACCUGACCAACCAACUUCCAAGUAGUAAGACCAAAUUGUACCCUUACGUCAGAAUCUAUAUAACUCUUUCCCACUUUUCUGUCUCUCUUUCACCUUUCUUCUCAAUCGAUCUUACCUCUACCUCCAUAUAACUUCUUAUUUAAAUCAACCUUUAAAUAGAUUCAGAAUCUUUAUAUCUCACGCAGACAAUACCUCCGUGUGGGUUUUUGGCUAGAACCCAUGUCUCAUAACCUAAUCCACAGAAACACAGCCCUCUGUGUUGUGUUAAUCACGUUCUGUUUCUUGUUCUGUUCUGCCAGAAACAUACCGGAGGCAUCCACAGCAAAAUCAGCUACUCAAACCAUAGAAGUCAGCAAUGCCACGUGGCAUAAUUUCGCACGUUUUGUAGAUGUCCAGGUAGGCAGCCACGUCAACGGCGUAUCAGAGCUCAAAAGAUACCUCCAACGUUUCGGCUACGUAAAAGACGACGCGACGGACUUAUCCGACGUGUUCGAUGGCCAUCUCGAAUACGCGAUAUCUCUGUACCAACAAAACCUCGGUUUACCGAUAACCGGAAGACUCGACACGAGCACCGUCGCUCUCAUGUCGUCACCGCGCUGCGGCGUUAGCGAUGCACACAUGAUCAACACCGGCGUGCACACGACGGCGCGUUACACGUAUUUCGGCGGUAAGCCAAAGUGGUACCGCGACAAGCUAACGUACGCCUUCUCGGAAACGCACAAGCUCGAUUACAUGAACUUCGACGACGUCAGAAAAGCUUUCCGGCGAUCUUUCGGCCGGUGGGCGAGCGUGAUCCCGGUGAGUUUCGAGGAGAUUGAUGAUUACACGAAGGCGGAUUUGAAGAUCGGAUUUUUCGCCGGAGAUCACGGCGACGGGCAGCCGUUUGACGGUGUUCUCGGAACGUUGGCUCACGCCUUUGCGCCGGAGAACGGGAGGCUUCACCUCGACGCUGCGGAAACAUGGGUCGUUGACGACGACUUCAAGGGUGGAGGAUCGACGGUGGCCGUUGAUCUGGAGUCGGUGGCGACUCACGAGAUUGGUCACUUGCUGGGGUUAGGACAUAGCUCGCAGGAGUCGGCGGUUAUGUACCCGAGUGUCCGGCCGAGGACAAAGAAAGUUGACCUCACUGUUGAUGAUGUGGCGGGUAUACUGAAGUUGUAUGGGGCGAAUCCAAGAUUACGGUUGGAUUCACUGACGCAGUCGGAAGAUUCUCUUCAAAAUGGCGCCGUGUCAGGAAGAUUCUUGUCGGGGAAUUUUAUCGGUUAUGUUCUGCUGGUUGUGUUGAUUAUGUUCCUAUAGGUUUUCAGGAAAAUAUAGUUUGAAAAAAACAAAUUGUAUAAAGUUUAAAAAAGGUAUAGGGGAAAGGGAUGGAUAGAGUGGAAAAUGAUAUUUUUCAUGGUCUAUGGGAUUAUUAUUCUUUGGUUUA